UACAGCUUUGAAAAUUCACUACAUAUACAGCGAUCAAUUAGGUACCGGCUUUUAUAUUUACUACUGCAAUUUAUAAAUACAGCAUAGAAAUACAGAAAAGAUGGCUUCAAUAUCUGAAGGACUCGUAAAUCCAGAAAAUCCUAUUUUUCGAGCAUGGUUAUUCUACAAUGCAAUUUUAGUUUUAAAAAUGUUAGCUAUGUCCGUUUUGACAGCUAAACAACGUAUGACAAAGAAGGCAAGUCAUGUUGAUCUAAAAAUUUUAAUGGUAUAUUAUUAUACUUAUUUUGUUUAUUAUUUUUUAAAGGUAUUCGCUAAUCCAGAAGAUGCAAAAGGAUUUAAACAAGCAAAAGUUCGAUUUGACGAUGAAGAUGUCGAACGGGUGCGCCGGGCGCAUUUAAAUGAUUUGGAAAACAUUUUGGUAUAUUUUUUGGCAUCGUAUCUGUAUAUAUUUACUAAUCCUUCAGCAUUUGUAGCAGUCAAUCUAUUCCGCGUGUACACUUUGGCACGAAUUGUACAUACGUUGGUUUAUGCUGUAAUUCCAUUACCACAGCCGGCUCGAGGAUUUUCUUGGGGUGUUGGAUAUGGGAUUACAAUAUAUAUGGGAGUUAUCUCACUUUUAAAUUUUCUAUAAUCUAAUGAAGUUUUUUUUAGAUUUUUAAGA